AGGCUGGGGCAAGUCGGGGCCCUCGUCCCUGUCAGUGGGGACCCGUCCCCAGCACCGCAGACCAUCCUGGGUGGCUUUGGCAGCCAGGGGCCCUCUCUGGGCUCUGACUGGGCCCCUCCUUGCUGUCGGGCAGGCAGGAGCUCUCUCCCCCUAGGCUAGUCCUGGGUUUCACAGCCCUCUCUGUGAAGCCCGGCUUCACUGUCCCUGGGCCUGGGUAUGCCCUGUCUGCGCUGAUUUCCUGGAAUGGGGGCAGACUCUUGGCAGGACUGGCAGCUGCUGUUGGCUGCAACAAAGGUGGCCCAGGGUAUGGCCUCCAGGGGGCCAGGCACGUUUCUGGGUGUCCACAGGAGGCUCUGGGGCAGCAGGGCCUCAGUUCAGGCCUAGCCUCUGAGCCCCUGGCAAGAUCACCCACUUGGAAGAGAAGAGACCCCUCCUGUCUGUGCCCCUUGUCCUUCUGCUCUGGGCCACCAGCCUGGCCUGGGAACGCAGCUGAGGGCCCAGGUUCUCUCUGAGCCUAGCAGGGCAUGUAAGGGUGGCCACUGCUGCAAGGACCUAGACCGGGUGAGGCCCACCCAUCCAAGUGUCCUCAUGUGUCCAGGCCCCGGCCCUCACUGCUGCUGGCCCCUCCCUGACUCAGCCCUUUCAUGCCCCACAUGACCUUCGUGCCUCCUCCCGGGACCUUCUUGACCCUCCAUGCUGAUACUCUAAGGAAAGCCGGGGUCACUCUCAGGACCCUGUGGAGGACACAGACUGGAGUCAGUGGUCCUGGGGUCCAUGGGGGCCUUGGGAGGACAGCCUAGCUCCUGCUGUGCGCGUGGAGUUCACAUGGCAGUGGGACCCUUGGCAAAGCAAUGUCCUGCUUGUCCUGUCCCCAACCCAGCACCCUGGCUACAGGGAUCCUCUUGUUCCUGCAGUCUUCCUGCCUAAUUUGCUUAGUGUAUUCAUCUUGGUCUUCCCUGUGGGCAGCGCCCAUUUUCGUGUGUAUUUCGUGAGAUGCCCCAAACCCAGCAGCUUGGAAUGGUAGGAAGUGAGACCUGGGCAUGUGUUCAGAAUGAAUCUCCCUGCAUAGCUUUGGGCCUCUGGCAUUGUGGCACCUGGGCCUUUGUUAGCAGCUGCUGUGACAAAGCCCUGAAGGUGGCACCUUGGGACUCUGAGCCUGGAGGUCUGUGGUCAGGCUGUCCUCGGUGUGGCCCAGGCCACCUUGGGGUUCUUGGCUGGCAACAGCAUCUCCCCGACCUCACCCUCAUCCGUGUGUGUGCGUGCAUGUGUGUGUGUGGCCAUGCAUGUACCUGUGCCCCCUUCCCAAAAGAGAGCCAGACCUCGGGGUACCUAGUGACUGGACAAGCCCCUUACUGACUAAGCACCUCUCAGGUUGAUCCUCCCGCUAGGCUGCUCCUCUGGGCACGGGGUGAUGAGUAAGGGACCUGUCCAGUCACCAGGGACCCCAAGAGCCCACCUGGUAAUGCUUUUAGCACCCCUAGAUGGUCCUGCUAAAAUAAGAUGUGCAGUGGCCACUGUGACACAUGUCAUCUGUGAAGUCACCUCUGAGCUUGCCCCUUCUUGGCCUGGGACACAAUGUCCUCUUGUCAGCCCCUUCCAUGGCUCCCAGGGAAAGCCACAGACUGGCACAGAAACAGCCUAGACUCCACUUUCCCCAGGAACCAGGCGGUGGUCACUUCUGAAUGUUACCUUCCUGGGGACUCGUGACCUGCUGAGAAGCCAGGAGGCUUCCUGGAGGAGAUCCCUGACUAUGUCCAUUUCUGUUGCUGUAACGGAACAUACCGGGUCUAUGUAAAGAGUAAAAGUUUGUUCCACUCAAAUUCUAGAAGCUGGGAGUCCAAGGAAGGGCCCACUUCCAGAUACUCUUAGCACAUGACUUGGGCAGUUAAGAGUCCAAUGCUGAACCGUGGAAAAGCGUUAAACCAUGGUUGGCCUCAGAGGGAGCUCUGGGAAGGCUGGGCUGGGGCUGGCAGGCUAGGGCUGGCAGGAGGCCAGUGUCCCCUCCAGUCCCCAUGCUGGGCUCCCUGGGCAGGAGGCCUGGCACAGGUGAUGGGGUACUGUGUUCUAGCCCCACCCUCAGCCAGCAGCCAGGGGGCAAGGCGAUGCCUAGUCACUCAACCCAAGGGCUCCCAGGAGGUCCCUGGUGCCAGGGUCCUGGUUUGAGGCCCACCGGCUGAAAGACAGAGUGAUCCAAGCAGAAAAGUGAGUGGGAAGGACUGGGCUGGGCCUAGACCCACAAGAGAAGGCCCCAUGUAGGGGGACAAUGGGAAGCCCAGGGGCAGAGGAGGCCACCAAACUGUGACCUGGGGGCAAGGGCCAGAACCACGGAGAGACAGGGUGAAGACUGGCCCCAGGGCUACACACUGAGCGCCAGCCAGAGCCCGCCUGGAGGGCAGAGCCUGUGAAGGAGAGAACGUGGCUCCCAGGGGUGGACCCCGGCCUGACCCCAGGGCCUCUGCAGUUAUCUGGUGCUCAGGGUGUGGGGAUGUUUGGAGGUCCUGACGUUGGACCCAGACCUGGCAGUGGAUUUGGGGGCCAGAGGGGUACGUCCAGACUGGGGGUCACUGCGAUGGCUUGGGAGGGGACCCUGCUUUCUGAGGGGCCCCAGAGGAGGGGACCACAGGAUGUUGCCACCCUGAUGCAGCCUUCGAGGGGCCUCUGCUGGGGGUGUCAGGCCCAGAGCCAAGGCGGCCACAGAAUAGAUCCAGAGGCACCGAGUCUGCUGCGGCCCAGGGUAUGACCUCCAGGGGGGCAGGCACAGCUCUGAGAGUCCCCAGUGGAUUCUGCGGACAGUGGGGCCCUGGUUCAGGAGCCCUGGCCUCUGAGCCCCUUGAGGGACCAUCCUCCAUGAGGAUAAGGGACACCCCAGCCCAUGCCCCUCACCCUUCUACCUCUGGUCUAGCAGCCGGGCCUGGGAACUCGGCCUGGGGCUCAGGUUCCCUCCAGGCCUUGCAGGACAUGAGAUGGGGUUGGCAGCCACGGGAAGGGUCCAAACAGGGUGGCACCCAAGCAUCCAGGCACCCUUAUAUCCCAAGGCCCCAACAUGCACUGUGGCUGGCCGCUCUGACUUGGCCUUUUUUGGCCUUUUUUGAGACAGGGUCUCACUUUGUAGUGCAGGCUGGCCUUAAACUCACUAUGUAGACCAGGCUGGCCCCAACUCCUACCGAUUCUCCUGCCUCUGCCUUCCGAGUGCUGGGGUUACAGGUUGUGCUGCCACACAUAGGUAGACUCGGCCCCUUCGUGUCCUGCUAGGAGUAGAACUUGAGGCCUCAGACAUGCUAGGAAGCACUCUACAAGAGGCCUUGCACUUGAGAUUCUCCUGCCUCAGCCUCAUGAGUAGCUGGGAUCGUGGGCAUGUAUCACUACGCUGGCCUACUGGAGGUCUUCAAUAAAAGAACUUCUAUUUCUUGAAUUAUGUGAAGAAGAGGCCUACUGGCACCAACAAGGGAAAUCCCCAGUCUGACCUGCUGGACAGCAUGUGUGUGGUGGGACAGUUCAGGCGGAGGCAAGGCCUGCUGUGGCCUGUGGUGUCUGUGUUGCUUCAAUGCAGAAGGGACUUGCUAGAGGGCACAACCCCCGCGCUGGCUCUCUGGUCCCUGUCUGUCCAUCACAGGCAGGCAGCAGGAGAGAGGAGCACUAAGCUGGGUGAGUGUAGCCCACCUGCCACCUGGCAUCUCCCAUACCCAGCCCCACCAUGGACAGAUCCUUCCAAAUAGCCACUUCCUUCCUGAACACAGGCGCUGGUCUCAGACAGCCAUGCGCCACUGUGAGGCCAGCUCUCGCGCUGCCCCCAGAGGUCCCACUGUCCCUGGAAGAGGACCCGUAGCCAUGGCAACCACAGCCUUCUCCUGUCACUGUGUGGGAAGCCAGGCCCAGCCAAUACUGUCACCCAGGUUGGAGCCAAGCCAAACAGCAAGGGAAGGAAGGAGGGAGGUGUAGAGUGGACACGAGGGGCAGACAGAAAGGGACACAAAUGACAGCCGUGGCCACAGCCAUGCAUGGCAUGCUAGGAUGGAUGCUGCUGAGGAGCAGGAGGACUGCUGCUAUACGGCCACUCAGUGGGGUGGGAAACAGCCUGUCUCCUGUGUGACAAGGGAGACCUUGGGUGCGGCUGUCAGAGUGCUGACCCCAUGGAGGUGUUCACUGCGGGGCAAAGCCCAGUGCAGCAGGUCUCGAGGCCACCUACUCCAGACCCUGGGCCCUGACAUCCAUCUCUGUGUUGCCAGGACGGGGAACCUCUGCUGGGGGUUCUUAGCAUGGAGGCCGUGUGCAAAUGCAGGAUGUCUGUGAGCACUCGUGCAUCAGGGGGCUGGGCCUGAGCCGCUGCUGGGAGCCCAGUGCCCCAGCAGAGCCCUGGUUGCUGUGGUCCUGAGAGGCAGGGCCAUGGGCUCCUUUCUGUCCCCCGUGGAGCAGUGGCCCGGCUGGCCUCUGUGCCUCGUGCUGUGACCGCCAGUCCAAGGUCCUACUGGAAGACCCAGGCCUUAUGCUGCCCCCAGGGCUGCACUGCCCAUGUGAGUCUCCCCGGUCCUGCUGAGGGCCCCACUGCCCCACCUACCCAGCCUGCUUCCUGGUGAUCAUUCCCCCGAGGGCAGACAGCACCAGGCCAGGCCACGUGAGAACCGCACAGGACCUGUGCCUGCCCAGGAGAUGCAUAGCCUGCCUGGGGGCAGCAAUCUGGGGUCAACGGGGAAGGGGGCUAAGAUCCUCAGGACAACAUUGGCCCCAGGUCAGGGCUGGAACCAUCAACAAAGUCAAAGAAAGGGGCUUCCGUGGGGUGACCGCCCCAUCCUGGCAGCGUGCAGGAGAGGCCCAGGGCCUGCCUGGCUGCCAGCGCCUUCUCACAGCACUCUUCUGCCGUUCCUCUCAGACCCGCCCAACAGGUCCUGCAGCCCUUCCUUCUCCCCAGCGCAGCUCUCAGUGCCCGAGGGUGCCAAUGCCACCUUCACCUGCAGUUUCUCCAACUCAUCAGAGCACUUCGUGCUAAACUGGUACCGGCUAAGCCCCAGUAACCAGACCGACAAGCUGGCUGCCUUCCCCAGGGAGAGCAACCUGGACCCACGCUUCCAGGUGGCCCAGCUCCCCGAUGGGCAAAGCUUCCAGAUGAGUGUCCUCUCCGUGCAGCGCAAUGACAGCGGCAUCUACCUGUGUGGGGCCAUCUCACUUCGGCCCAAGGCGGAGAUCAGAGAGAGCUGCCGGGCAGAGCUCAUGGUGACAGAGAGAAUCCUGGAGCCCCCCACAGUGCACCCCAGCCCCUCGCCCAGGCCGGUGGGCCACCUUCAAGGCCUGGUUGUUGGGGCCAUGAGUGUUCUAGUGGGCAUCCCUGUGCUGCUGCUGCUGGCCUGGGUCCUGGCUGCCGUAUGCUCCAGGGCUGUGCCAGAGGCCGAAGGAGCUAGGAGCAAGGAGCAACCCCGGGAAGGCCCCUCAGCAGUGCCCACCGUCACCAUGGACUAUGGGGUUCUGGACUUCCAGGGCCGAGAGAAGGCCCCAGAAUGCCCUGCCCCCUGUGUGCACACAGAGUAUGCCACCAUCGUCUUCCCUGAAGGGCUAGGCGCCUUGUCUCCAGGCCUCAGGACCUCUGCGGGUGGCCUCCAGGCCCUCCGGCCUCCAAGACAGCAGGACGGACACUGCUCCUGGCCCCUCUGACGGUCUUCCUCGGAAGCCCACGUCCCACAGGCCCUCCGCGGAGAGCACAGGGCAGGGCAGUCAGAUGUCGGCCAAGCAGGGUGCUAGGCAGUGACAGCCCUGCUCCUGCGCCAGCCCCAUCCAGGACAAGCCUCCCCGUGCUCACCACCAGCUGAAGCAGCCGCAUCCCUCUCCCUGGCAUGGGGGUGGGCAUAGCCAUGGGUGUAUCCUGGUCGGGCCAGAGCUGGCUGGGCCUGUGCUUCUGAGUGCCGUGGUUGCGCACUGCCAGGGGCUCAGGUGCUGUCCCGGUGGACUCUGGGAACUCUGGCUGGGAGCUGCCCACCACAAGGGGAUGCCACCAAAAGCCAAGUGCAGUGCCUGCGGGUGCCCACAAGGUGACCUUGCUGGGCCAAGAGCAUGGGAGGGGCCGGGGAUCCUUGUGCCCACCCAGGCCCGGAGAAGUUUCCACGAAAGAAGGAAGAACUUCUGGCUGCAGUGGGAAACUCCUCAGAUUUCUCUCCAGAGGGAAACCAAGGCAUGUGGGGAACAGGCAGCCUCGAAGCUGUCCCCAAGGACACAGCUCGCCCCAGCCCUGCUCACCCAGGCUAGGGUGCAGGACAGGGCCCCACCCAGCUGUGGGGAAGGGAGGUUCCAGGCAGGGCUGGGGCGGCACAGGUUGUCCCCAUUCAGUGUUAAAGAGGCCUGGGCGGGCUCCCAUCCAGGGUGAGCAAAAUUGCACAGUGGGGCCAGGAGCCCUUUCCCUUUGGUUCUGCGGAGUUAUAAUUAAACCAUGAUGAAAGCCUUCCGAGUCCUGUCCUAUGCCUGCAGACCAUGCAGCAGGGCUCAUCUGAGGCUCAGGGAGGCAUGGGCGGUGGCCCGAGGCAGGCGUAUCCCCGAGGGCCUCAUCUCUGCCCUCACACAACCUCAGGUGUGGGAAACCUUGCUGAACUAGGGCGGUAGCCUGUCCUAGUCACUUUCUUCAUCGCUGGGACAAAAUAGCCAAUAUCCAUAACUUGAAGAGAGGCUAAAGGUUUGACCAUGGGGUCAGCCAGUUUCAAGGCAGGAAGGUACAGUGGAAGGCCCUGGCAGAGGAGAGCUGCUGAGCCAAAGGAUGAACUGGGGAGUUAGCUAAGUCAGCUGUGAGCCGCAUAAUCCGAUCACCUUCCCAGCCCCAGGCAUCCUCAGCCAGCAUGCGUGUCCACAUGUGUCCCCAAGCAUCCCCAAGCAUAUGCCUAUAUCCCUCCUGCUGGGCUCUGCCCCCACCUAGGAGUCCUGUGGACAGGGUGUGCCUGGCGUGAGCCAUCACCACAGGUGAGUGGGCGGCUCCAGGCCUCCAGGCCAGAGGGACUGUGGCCUCUGCAGAGCUUCCCCUCGAUGGGCACACAUGCUCCAAGCCCACCACCUCACCAGGUCUUGGCUGCCAUCAACAGUGCCAGGCAGGCACCCCUGCUACAACUGUCCCCCUACUCUGAGCUCCCUGAGCAAAGUGGGGUCAGCACACCCCAGACAGACAAAGAGGCCAAGGUCCUGUGGGCGCUCACCAAGGUGGCACAGGGAGCAAAGCCCAAGCUCUCAGACAGUAGGGGCUCAGGAGGGCGACCCCAGAAAGCUAAGCAGAAACCCAGUGCCAAGAACCUGGUCAACCCAGGGUCCCGAAACAAAGGCUGCCCUGGGCUCAGUCAGGAUACCCUGCCUCAGCAGCCCUGGGUGAGAUGGGACAGCUGGACAAAUGUGCGGGACUGCUGGAGAGCCAUCCGACACAGGAAAGACCAACCCAGGACAAAUGGGGACUCACACAAAUGUCUCUGUGUUGAAGACAUUUCUUCCUGCUCACUAUAGGUUCAACAUCAUCCCAAUAAACUCACAUUUCUGGAACUAUAA